CCGGGGGGUUGCAUACCGGCCCCGGGGCGGAAUGCUGCUCCCGACGCUGGUGACGUGCCUCGCCGGGUGCGCCUUUCUCCUCUCGCCGGUCAGCGAGGGUUGUGGACCGGGUAGAGGCCAUGGCAAGAGGCGGUCACCGCGGAAGCUGGCGCCGCUCGCCUACAAGCAGUUCAGCCCCAACGUGGCCGAGAAGACUUUAGGGGCCAGCGGGAGAUACGAAGGAAAAAUAACCCGGAACUCUGAGCGCUUCAAGGAGCUCACCCCGAACUACAACCCCGACAUCAUCUUCAAAGAUGAGGAAAACACAGGUGCAGACCGCAUGAUGACACAGCGCUGUAAAGACAAGCUGAACUCUCUGGCCAUCUCGGUGAUGAACCUGUGGCCCGGGGUCCGGCUGCGGGUCACUGAGGGCUGGGAUGAGGACGGCCACCACUCGGAGGAGUCGCUGCACUACGAGGGCCGGGCGGUGGACAUCACCACGUCGGACCGAGACAGGAACAAGUACGCCAUGCUGGCUCGACUGGCGGUGGAGGCCGGGUUUGACUGGGUCUACUACGAGUCCAAAGCCCACAUCCACUGCAGCGUCAAGUCAGACCACUCAGUGGCGGCUAAAUCUGGAGGUUGUUUUCCCGGCGAGGCCUCGGUCAGGUUGGAGGGCGGCGGUCAGAAGUCCAUCAGUGACCUGCGACCUGGUGAGCGAGUCCUGGCCUCGGUGGGCACCGACGGCAGCGGGGAACUGGUCUACAGUGAAGUCCUGGUCUUCUUGGACCGUGACCCCGGGACCUGGAAGCUCUUCUACACCUUGCAGACAGAAGCUGGGGCCCGCCUUUCGCUCACUGCCGCCCACCUGGUCUUUGUGUCUGAGGGGAACUGCUCAGAGGGGGCGGUGCCAGCCCGUGGCGCCCUCAGGACUGUGUACGCCAGCGAGGCCCAGCCGGGACAGUGCGUGCUGGUGUCGGAGGGUGAAGCGGGACAGAAGCACAGCGAGGGGCGUCUGUCUCGGAUCACCCAGGUCAGUGUGAGGGAGAGCAGGGGGGCGUUUGCGCCACUGACCCAGCAGGGGACGCUGGUGGUGGACGGGGUGGUGGCGUCCUGCUACGCGGUGGUGGAGCAGCACUCCCUGGCUCACUGGGCCUUCUCGCCACUCCGGCUGAUUCACAGCUGGACCGGAUCCGCUGGGAGCCACAGUGACGGGAUCCACUGGUACUCACGGCUCUUACACUGGCUCGGGAGGAUGCUGCUGGACUCGGGGCGCUUCCACCCGUUGGGCGUGGCUCAGGACAACAGGUGAGGAAGGAAGAACACUGGUGGACGCUUUUAUCAAAAAACAA